AUGGGAAAAGUGUUGAUUUUGCUUGGACUGCUUGUUGUGGUUAGCGUUGCAGCAGCAGGGCGAUUCGAACGGGCAGUGUUUGCACCGAGAGUACGUCGCGAUGCUUCUAUGCGCUGUUGUAACGAUGGAUUUGACCAGAGUGAAAUUCAUGCCAAAUUUGCCGAGAUUCGUACCGCUUGCAUUGGAGAGCUCGGCUUGGGAGAAGUUUCUCAUGAGGAGAUGAUGAAGAAUCGUGAACACUUGAACUGUAUCACCGAAUGUAUCGCCAAGAAGGAGGGCAUAGCGGAUGAAAAUGGUGAACUCGUGCAUACGGACCUUGCCAGGGUGGUGAGCGAGCAUAUGAGCACUAUCGAGUGGAAGGUACCGCUCGCGGAAGGAUUUAUCAAACAGUGCUUCGACGAGGUGGAAGCGUCCGACAGUGCCUUUGUGCCGAGCGACGACGCUAAAUGUAAUCCGGAAGGGUUUGAUUUUGUAUUUUGUCUGUGGCGUCAAUUUACACUCGCCUGUCCGGAAGAGUUCCGGGACGAUUCGGACAAGUGUGUUGAGCUCCGGGAAAAGCUUUCCAACAAGGAAGAUGUGAGCGGUUUGCACGAUGAGAUAGAGGCGGCUGAAUAACUGCUUCGGUGAGGCGCCGAAAUGUAUGCAAUCCGAUCGACA